AUGAGUCGGAAAGGCCCGUUGAUCAAGAACAACGAGACGGAUGUGCCGUUGCGUAUCGCCAUCGUCGAGAAGGAUCGAUGCAAGCCGAAGAAUUGCGGUUUGGCCUGCAAGAAGGCGUGUCCAGUGAAUCGGCAAGGAAAGAUGUGUAUCGUCGUCGAAGCCACGUCGACAAUCUCCACAAUCUCUGAAAUCCUGUGCAUUGGUUGUGGUAUUUGUGUCAAAAAAUGCCCAUACGACGCCAUCAAAAUCAUCAAUUUGCCAGCGAAUUUGGCCAAUGAGACGACCCAUCGUUACUCUCAGAACUCCUUCAAACUCCAUCGUCUUCCGACGCCACGUUGCGGAGAAGUCCUCGGACUCGUCGGAACGAACGGAAUCGGAAAAUCGACGGCGUUGAAAAUUCUGGCGGGAAAACAGAAGCCAAAUCUGGGAAACUUCCAGAAGGAACAGGAAUGGACCACGAUUAUUAAUCACUUCCGUGGUUCGGAACUUCAGAAUUAUUUCACCAGAAUUCUCGAGGAUACGUUGAAGUGUGUCAUCAAGCCACAGUACGUUGAUCAGAUUCCGAGAGCUGCCAAGGGAACGGUCGAGCUGAAUUUGAAGAGAAAACAUGAUAAUGAGAAUUUGGAGACGGUCAUUGAUCAGAUGGAGCUCCGCGGAUUGCUCAACCGCAACAUCGACCAGCUGUCCGGAGGAGAACUCCAACGCUUCGCGAUCGCCAUGUGCUGCGUCCAAAAAGCCGACGUCUACAUGUUCGACGAGCCAUCGUCCUAUUUGGACGUCAAACAACGUCUGAAGGCCGCCGCCAUCAUUCGUGAACGCAUCUCCGACACCAACUACGUCGUCGUCGUUGAGCACGAUCUCGCCGUCCUCGAUUAUCUGUCUGACUUCAUUUGCUGCUUGUACGGAGUGCCUGGAGUCUAUGGAGUCGUCACGUUGCCGUCUGGAGUUCGUGAAGGAAUCAAUAUGUUCUUGGAUGGAUUCAUUAGAACUGAGAAUAUGAGAUUCAGAGAGUCCAAGUUGUCUUUCAAGACUUCUGAACAGCAGGAGGAUAUUAAGAGAACGGGAAAUAUCAAGUACCCAGCCAUGUCCAAAACCCUCGGAGACUUCCACCUGAACGUCGAAGCUGGAGACUUUUCCGACUCUGAAAUCAUCGUCAUGUUGGGAGAAAAUGGUACCGGAAAGACCACUAUGAUUCGAAUGAUGGCUGGAUCUCUGAAGCCAGAAGACGAGGACACCGAGUUGCCACGUGUCACCAUCUCCUACAAACCACAAAAAAUCUCGCCGAAAUCCGAGACCACUGUCCGUUAUAUGCUUCACGAUAAGAUUCAGAAUAUGUACGAGCAUCCACAAUUCAAGACCGACGUCAUGAAUCCGUUGAUGAUGGAACAGUUGUUGGAUCGAAAUGUAAGAGUAAACGAGCUGUCCGGAGGAGAACUUCAGCGUACCGCCCUGGCACUAUGCCUUGGAAAGACCGCGUCUCUCUAUUUGAUCGAUGAGCCAUCGGCGUAUUUGGAUUCUGAGCAACGUCUUCACGCGGCGAAAGUCAUCAAACGAUUCAUCAUGCACGCCAAGAAGACGGCGUUCGUCGUCGAGCACGAUUUCAUCAUGGCCACGUAUUUGGCGGACAGAGUCAUCGUUUUCGAGGGACAACCAUCCGUCAAUACGACUGCUUGCAAACCACAAUCUCUGCUCGAAGGAAUGAAUCGUUUCCUGAAAAUGCUGGAUAUCACAUUCCGUCGUGAUCAGGAGACCUAUCGUCCGCGCAUCAACAAAUUCGAAUCGGUGAAGGAUGUAGAGCAGAAGAAGAGCGGUCAAUUCUUCUUCCUCGAUGAUAAUUAG